AUGGGUUCCUAUGAUCCAGAGCCCCUCAAUUGCUUCGCCCUGCUCACCAACAAAAUCCCGACCUGGAUCUCUCGGGUCUCCGACCUCGCCGCGCACACAGCUGCAAAGCAAGAAGAGUUCAAAACCGACUACCUGAAGUACUCAAUUCAAGAUCAGCGUUGCCGCCGAAAGAAAGGCAGCUCCCUCCAUACCCACAAAAACGACGAUGAACGGUCGAGUAGACUGGGUAUGACAUUGGACCCGGACGAUCCAUGCGCCGAUCCACUUACCCGUAUGAAGAUAUUAAAGCCUUCGCCUGGAGAUGUGAACACUCGAAAGCGGCCGCCGGCAAGAAGGGAGAGCAAUGACACUCUUUAUUCAGACGAGGGGACGGACCGAGCAGUACGGCCGUGUCACCGCUUUCUGAUCCAUUACGACUGCCAUACACAAAGUGUGCUGGAGAAAUUAGUACGGGAAAUCGGCGGAGCAAGAAAUCAUAUACGAAAGGGCAGGAUGAGCGCGAUGAUGAAAACGGGAUUUGGACGGAAAGCGACUCAGGCCGAACCCUCGCCCGAAGACGACCUAUUAAAACCUAUCUUCAGAAGUACAAGGCAGUUUGCAAAGACCAACGGAGCAAAGCAAUCCCCGUUCGAUGUUGGAGAUACCUAUUUAGAAUCUGCACAGGCCCUGUGCGAGAUGGCGUCCCAUCAGUUCUUGCGGAAUGGAGAUUGCUCUUUGGAAUUGAACAAAACGAAAGAGAAACUUGAUCUGGCUCUGGCUAUGGCAAAGGAAGAGGUCGACAGAUUAGCGGAGGAGGCUAAGUCUGAAGAGAAAGCUGAAGCUGAAGCAAAAGCACGGAGAGAGGAGAAGGAACGUCAGGCCCAACAGCUGGUGUCCGAACAAAAGAUUGAGGGGAAGGACGUCGACGAUCACAAUGCUAUUGAAGUAGAUGAUGCAUCCGAUACCUCGUCUAUAUCCAUUGACCUCACGGCCUUUCGAUCGUCAAGAUUUCGACGAUAA